GUCACGCUCCACAGGUUCCACGCAUCCGGCAAGGAGAGCGUGACGUACCCGGCGCCCGCGGUGAGUGAGAGCUGGAUCGAGUUCCACAUCAAGUUCGGCAAAACCUACGAACUGGGUGAUGCUCGAAGUCGCUUGUGGAUCCCCGAAGGCUUUGGUCUGAAGUGCGACGUCGGGAGCAUCGACGUAAGCGAGGGGACGUUCGUGGCCUCCUGUCCACAGGGAACCCCCAAGUGGGAGGUCGAGGGCGAGAGGUGCGCCCGCGUGCCCGUGUCUGCCUCUGAGUACGAGCGGAAGCUGGACUUAUCACUGGCGUCGAGGUACUUCUUCAGACCCAUGUUCGUCCUCGACGGGGUACAGGUCCACCUAGGGACGAGUGAAAGGCGAGCUGUGGCGGCCUCUGGGGCCAGGCUGUCUCCGCUCCCGCCGUCGACGCAGCGGGUUGUGCUCUCCUUUGCGCCUGACGGAGGCAAGGUGUCUGUCAAGGUGUUGAUGGCAGGUGAGAUGUUGCACACGUUGACCCUGAGGAGAGAACCACGAGAGGUAGAGGUGUGUGGAGAGGAAAAGACGAAGUUUAUGCUGGUGCUGAACUUAGAGACUAAGCAAACGAAGAACGAACGUGGAGGUUCUACUUCCAAGAGAAAACUGAUGAUGGAAUAUGUUCUUGGCGGAAUGGGGGCGUUGGUGGUGAUGCUGGUUGCCUGCUUGGCGGCCUCUCUCGUUCGUCGAUCGCAUGCUAACCAGGCCCGCAGAGGAUCUUGCGCCCGCCGCCCGCCACCCAGCCUCGAGGGCCCAGCCUGAGGACCUUCGCAAGGCUGCCGCUCAGCACCCGGCACGGCCCAACUCGGGUUACCUAGAGCCCCGCGUGGGCGUCCCGAGGGUGUUUCCCGCGGUGUCGAGGACCAGUUCUAGUCCUGAACACAUCUACGAAGAGGUGGACGAUGGCACCGGACUUUCGUCGAGGGCUGCUUCCUCCUGCAGCCAUGAAUUAGAGAGUCUGUCGGGCAACAGUGUUGAUACCUACGUAAAUGCUGUGAAGUGAGACUGCUUGUUUCUCUUAGGCAUUAUAUAUGUGUGUG